ACUAUAACUUCUGAAUAUUUCAUUGAGGCCCUCUAAAAAAUGGCAGGUGCUAGGACCUGAUGGAAUUCAGGCAACUUCAGUAGGAGGUGAGGCAUCACACCAUGGGGCGUGGUGCAGUGUAAACAGGUACAGAAAAGCCAGUUCUUCCACAUAUAAGCUACUUAGACUCCAUUUCAGUGCUCUUCGUACCAUCUCCAAGAUUUCAGCAGCUUUUAUACGUGCUUGUUAAACCAACAGCAUGUUUCUUGCAAAGGCUUUAUUGGAAGGAGCAAAUGCAGGUCUUGGAGAAGCUCUUGGAGGCCUUCUUGCAGGAGGUGGUCAGAAAAGAGGAGGAGGAAAUGUUGGAGGGAUAGUUGGAGGAAUUGUGAAUUUUAUCAGUGAGGCUGCGGCAGCUCAGUAUACCCCGGAACCGCCGCCCACUCAGCAGCAUUUCACCACCGUGGAGGCCAAUGAAAGUGAGGAAGUUAGGCGGUUUCGGCAACAAUUUGCACAGCUGGCUGGACCGGACAUGGAGGUGGGUGCCACCGACCUAAUGAAUAUUCUCAACAAAGUCCUUGCUAAGCACAAGGAUCUGAAGACUGACGGCUUUAGUCUUGACACCUGCCGGAGCAUUGUAUCUGUUAUGGACAGUGACACGACUGGGAAGCUGGGCUUUGAAGAAUUUAAGUACCUCUGGAACAACAUCAAGAAAUGGCAGUGUGUUUAUAAGCAGCAUGACUGGGACCAUUCCGGGUUUCUGGGAAGUUCCCAGCUGCAGGGGGCUCUGCAGGCAGCAGGUUUCCAGCUAAAUGAGCAACUCUACCAAAUGAUCGUCCGCCGCUAUGCCGAUGAGGAUGGAAGCAUGGAUUUUAACAACUUCAUCAGCUGUUUGGUCCGCCUAGAUGCCAUGUUCCGUGCCUUCAAAUCUCUGGAUAGAAACGCCAAUGGCCUGAUUGAAGUGUCUAUCCAGGAAUGGCUGGAGCUGACCAUGUAUUCCUGAAGUGGGCGGACGUCAGGCCCCUCCCUGGAGGACAGGACUGCUGAGAGCCUAGCCACACUGUCUGCAUGAUUGCUGGUACCCCGUCCAACAGCUGUCAUCUCCUAGUGAGCUCUUUCGCAACCCUACAUAUUUCUGAACUUGCGCUGCCCUUUACUGCUUAUUAAAACAGAUUUUUCAU